GACUCUAGCACACACAGCUAUGGACUGGACUCUAGCACACUCAGCUAUGGACUGGACUCUAGCACACACAGCUAUGGACUGGACUCUAGCACACACAGCUAUGGACUGGACUCUAGCACCCACAGCUAUGGACUGGACUCUAGCACCCACAGCUAUGGACUGGACUCUAGCACCCACAGCUAUGGACUGGACUCUAGCACCCACAGCUAUGGACUGGACUCUAGCACCCACAGCUAUGGACUGGACUCUAGCACCCACAGCUAUGGACUGGACUCUAGCACAUACAGCUAUGGACUGGACUCUAGCACCCACAGCUAUGGACUGGACUCUAGCACAUACAGCUAUGGACUGGACUCUAGCACCCACAGCUAUGGACUGGACUCUAGCACCCACAGCUAUGGACUGGACUCUAGCACCCACAGCUAUGGACUGGACUCUAGCACAUACAGCUAUGGACUGGACUCUAGCACCCACAGCUAUGGACUGGACUCUAGCACAUACAGCUAUGGACUGGACUCUAGCACCCACAGCUAUGGACUGGACUCUAGCACCCACAGCUAUGGACUGGACUCUAGCACCCACAGCUAUGGACUGGACUCUAGCACCCACAGCUAUGGACUGGACUCUAGCACCCACAGCUAUGGACUGGACUCUAGCACAUACAGCUAUGGACUGGACUCUAGCACACACAGCUAUGGACUGGACUCUAGCACCCACAGCUAUGGACUGGACUCUAGCACCCACAGCUAUGGACUGGACUCUAGCACCCACAGCUAUGUACUGGACUCUAGCACCCACAGCUAUGGACUGGACUCUAGCACCCACAGCUAUGGACUGGACUCUAGCACCCACAGCUAUGGACUGGACUCUAGCACCCACAGCUAUGGACUGGACUAG